AUGCCUACCACCGUCGCCGUUGCUGGAGGCUCCAGGGGCAUGGGUCUCGCCAUUGUCCACGAGCUGAAGAAGUUCCCUAGCCUCUACACGGCCAAGAUACUCAGCCGAAAGGCUGAAGCAGCCCUUUCUGAAGAGCUCGGAGUCAAGAUGGUCACUGUCGACUAUCUAGAUGUUGAGGAUAUCACAAAGGUCUUGGAAGCUGAGGGGGUCCACACCCUCAUUUCCAAUGUUUUCAUCUCGGAUGGAGUCACGCCUUCUCAGCAUAACCUAAUCCGUGCGGCAGAGGCCUCAGCGGUGACCAAGAGAUUUGUGCCCAGCACCUUUGAUGUUCCUUAUGAUGAAGAGAUGGCGAGCGUUCUGUAUACCGGCGGCUACAAGCUCGACAUCGAGAGACUGCUAAUGACGACAAAGACUCUCGAGUGGACCCGAUUCCACAACGGCUUCUUCCUGGACUAUUACUUUUCGUCCAAAGUGAAGACCUUCCUAACCCCUGGAAAGUAUAUCGCGGAUCUUGACGAGAAGAAAGCCAUCAUACCGGGCGACGGAAAUGUCGCUGUCUCCUUCACGCACACUCUUGAUGUUGCCCGGUUUGUCGUAGCUAGUCUCUCGCUCGCCCAUUGGCCGAGCCGGCUCUACAUGUUUGGAGACCAUCUCACUUGGAAUGAGUUCAUCGACCUUGCAGAAAAGGCCUCCGGGUCCAAGUUUGAAAAGGAAUAUAAUGACCUCGAAGACUUGAAAUCUGGAGACAUCACUCGGUUCAAGCAACUGAAAGGCUGGGACGUUUUGUAUCAGUAUUGGACAAAGAGAAUGGCUGAGCGGCUACCCUCGGCAAUUCAGUGGUUCAUGGGCACGGGCCGUGCAGACACCUAUCGAUAUGGACCGCGCUUGAACGACUUGUUCCCCGACAUCAAACCACUUACUGUCAAAGAUGCGCUGGAGAGCUAUUACAAGGGCACAAUCCCAGAGAACAUGGAUUGA